AUGUUAGACCCAAAUCCCAAAAUGAACCAACUAAUGCAAACCAUCCCACUAGCCAUCCCCAUUGAUGGCUAUGGCAAAAUUGCCAUCACCACAGCCCUCCUCACUCUAUACGCAAUGCUCGUCCGCUACUACCGCUACCAAAGAUGCACAGCAAUCCAAUCCCGAUUCCAAACCCCCAAACGCCCUCUCUCGAGCAUGACCGUUAAAGAAGCGCACCAGGUCGUCCGCGAAUUACGAGAACUCGAGUUCCCGUAUAGUCUGCACAAUGCUAUGAAGAUUUCUCUUCUCAAAACCGGCUCAAUUCCAACAAUGACCAAGCUCUUCACCGCAACCGGCCAACUAAAUGAACGCAACGCCCCUAAACGCGCCGCAGACACCGAAGUCCUCCUAACGGAAGUCCACGACAGACACCCCGGAUCAAACGAGCAUCUCCUCGCCAUUUCCCGCAUGAACUACCUCCACUCGCGCUACCGCAAAGCAGGCAAGAUCCUCGACGAAGACAUGCUCCACACGCUCGGCUCCGCGGUCGUCGACAUCUUCCGCUCCGUGGACGAGAACGAAUGGCGGGUGUUGAGUGCGACGGAGAAAUGCGCGAUCGGGGUGUUUCAUAAGGCGCUAGGGGAUGCGAUGGAGAUUGAUUUUCGGUUUUUGGAGUCAUGUGGGACGGGGUGGAGGGAUGGGGCGCAUUUUGCAAGGGAGCUUUGUGAAUGGACGGUGGAGUAUGAGAAGAGUGUUGCGAAGCCGACGGAGUCGACGAGGAAGAUUGGGAGGAGGCUUAUGGAGUUGGCGCAGUGGAAUUUGCCGGGGGUUUUGAGGCCGGUUGUUGAGAGGGUGAUUGCGACGAAGGUAGAUGAGCAUGUUCGUGUGAGCAUGGACUUCGCCGAUCCCGGAAUCCUUAUAACCGCCAUGAUGAAGACAUUAAUAACCACCCGCAAGUUCCUCCUCCGCUACUUCGCCCUCCCACGCCCCGAAUCCAAAGCAGUCCGUACCCUCAACGGAUCCCCAGAUCCUACCACUGGUCUAUACACUACAAACCUCUGGAUCGCACAGCCGUGGUACAUCGAACCGUCUUUCAAAAACCGAUGGGGUCUGAAAGCUAUGUUCGCACGACUGUUUGGGGAUGGUGCCGUUCCUACGCGGGAUGGUCCAUAUAAAGAGGCUGGGUAUGAUUUGAGGACGAUUGGACCUGCUGCGCAGGAGAAGAGGGGACAUGAAGAGAUGGAGGUGAUUUUUGAGGGGUUGAGGGGGAUGAAUUUUGCGGGUGGGUGUCCGUUUCAUGCUUAG